UAGUGAUAUACGUAACAAAUACAAAGUAAACGAAAAAGAAAAAAAGAAACUUAAUUCGACAUUAUCAAAUUGGAAAAUCGCCUUACCCAUGGAAAAUUCCCCCUCCGUGAGUCGUCGAGCCGUUUGACGAAUCGGACGAGUUGGUGUAAAGUGACAACAAACCCAUCUCGGCUGUGUCAUGCCGAGGGGAACAACGGAACACCAACCACUUUUAACAGAGCCAGAUCCAGAGCUCGCACGAUCACAGAUGUCUCGAGAUAGGGAAGAGCCAGUGUCUGAAGGGGAGGAGGACGAACACGACGAGUCAGGUCUCACUGCAUCAGGACACCACAUUGAUGAUGCGCACCAGCAGACCACGAAUUGCGAGACGUUGAUUCACCUGAUUAAAGGCAAUAUUGGUACUGGCAUCCUGGCUAUGCCUGAUGGCCUCAAGAACUCUGGCUUGUAUACUGGCACUGCUCUCUUGCCUGUAAUAGCGGUCAUCUGCAUUCACUGUAUGCACAUGCUGGUAAGAUGUGCUCAUGAAUUAAAGGAAAGAUUAGGAGUCAGCGGGUUGGACUAUGCAGAAGUAGGAUACCAUGCCUUCACCACUGGUCCAGCCCCUCUGCGGAGAUUAGCACCAGUUGCACGUGCAGUUUUGAAUUCAUUUCUUACCAUUACACAGUUAGGCUUCUGCUGUGUGUAUGUGGUGUUUAUUGCAGCAAAUGUCAAGCAGGUUGUUGACUGCAAGUUACCAGGAAAUGAUAUUGAUAUUCAUGGGUACAUGGCUAUUUUAUUGAUUCCUCUGCUGGCCAUAUCAAUGAUUAGAUCAUUAAAGGUGCUUGCUCCAUUCUCCCUCAUAAGCAAUGUGUUCUUAGGACUUGGCAUUGCCAUUACGUUCCACUACCUUCUCCAAGAUAUUCCUUCUUCGUAUGAUAGACCUGAGUUCAAGAGCUGGAAGCAGCUGCCACUCUUUGUGGGUACUUCGAUAUAUGCUUUUGAAGGAAUUGGAGUGGUUUUGCCGUUGGAGCGGAAAAUGACAACACCAGAAGAUUUCCGUGGAUGCAAUGGAGUGUUAAAUACAGCCAUGAUUCUAGUGACCUGUGGUUACAUUGCUGUAGGAUUCUUUGGUUAUCUAAAGUAUGGUGAUGCUGUACAUGGCUCAGUUACACUUAACCUUCCACCAAGUGAUAACCUUGCACAGUUGGUGAAAAUCCUGAUGGCAGUGGCAAUCUACUUGACCUAUUCAUUGAUGUUAUAUGUUCCCUCGGAGAUCAUGUGGCCACACCUACGGACAAGGUUCCAUUCAAACAGGGCAAAGCGUGUCGGAGAAUAUGCAUUCAGGGCUUUCCUUGUUCUUAUUACUUUUAUCCUUGCAGCAGCAAUACCCAACAUUGGCCUUUUUAUUUCACUAGUCGGUGCUAUGUCCUCAUCCACUCUGGCUAUCAUUUUCCCUCCUAUCAUCGAGCUUGUUACAUUUUGGCCAAGGGUAUCGAAGCUGACGAUUAUAAAGUGUUUUACAAUUAUGAUCUUCGGUACCUUGUGCUUCGUCAUUGGGUCCUAUGCCAGCAUAAUGGCCAUUGUUGAGUACUUCCAGAGUGCAGAUGAACCAAAGCCAGAGUUUAUAUGUUGAGAGGAAUAAGUUUCUACUGUAUAUAUUCAGUAAGAUGGAACUUCCAUGUUUUUAUUAUUUUAGAGAAUUUGCUUUUAAACAGUAUGUAUAUUUGUGUGAAUAUGCAAUAUGAUACAGAAAAAUAAAUAGUAUUAUAGAGAUUCUGUAACAAUACAAAUGAAAAGUACAAUUUGUCUUUUCCCAUAUAAUGAGACAAAAAAUAUCUUUCUCAGUAAUAUUGAUGAAAAGUCUCUUUCUUGUGAAUAGUGCAAAGAGUAGUUUUCAGAGUUAAUUUCCUUCACUUUCUCAGGAUCUCAUGUUACAUUAAAGGCAAACAAUAGGAUGAGUGUUUAGUUAGUUUAGAUUUUUUUAUAUCAUUAGGUUACACAUGGUAUGAGAGUGUAUGCAGCAUUUUUCAUGGAAUUUUGGGAACUGAAUUCAUAACUGCAGAUUACAUGUUAGAAAAUUAUUUUAUUUAAAGGCAGAUUUAGAGAUUUCUAAAGAGGCUGGUAGUUAGUCUACUUUGGUACCAUCAUCUUUUUGAGAGAUAUCAGCUCUUCAAGAAUAAGAAUAGAAAUUGGGUUUGAUAUAUAUUUUUAUUUCCAUAUUAUUCUCUCAUUUUGAUGUAGCAUACUUUUUUAAUCCAUUUUACAUCUGCCACAGAUAGGCUUUUGCAGUGUAUAGCAUACACUGAUGUUGCCUUUAAAUUUUAGUUAGUAAUUGCACUGGCAUUUUCUUAUAUACUAUUUCUUAUAAGUCUUUCCGGUGAUCAACAUUUUCUAACAAGUAGUGAAUUGUAAAGUGAUUAUAGAUGUUUUAGAGGAUUAUGUAAAAGAGUCCAUGUCUAUCCAUAUUUUUUAUAUGAGCAGAUUCUCAUAAACAUCCAAAGAAAAAUAUGUGCAGGCACACACAAAAAUGCAUGUGAAACAAAUACAUACAAUACAUUCUUCCACAUAGUUUUUCAUUCACACAUGAGUGUAAGGAAAGCUCAUUUAUAGAUUUUAACUAACAUGGGUCAUAUGUAUAUCAUUGUCAUAACUACUCUCAUUACUAUAAAGUGGAUUGUAUGAUCUAGUUAGUAAGAAGUAUAUUUUGCGCAUGUAUUUAGUUCAUGCUUCAUCUGUAGUAUUUAUUUUUAGAUGAACAAAUGUAAAGGAAAUUAGGGAUGUAGCAAUGGUUUUGAUUUUUUUAUGAAUUAUUCACUACACAUCCCUGCCCUUUUUAUCUCUUUUCUAUUUCUCCUUCAUGUUAUAAUUUUUUCAUCCCCUUUUAUAUUGUCAUGUUCCUUUUUUUAUCAUUUCACACAAAGAAUCUCAUUAUUCAGUUUGUCACAUUCUUCAGAGCUUUUCUGCACUUAAAGGUAUAUAUGAUUUUUAUUUCUUUAUAUAAGUGCAAUAAGCAUUAUUUGAAGAUAAUCACAUCAGAAAAGGUUUGCAUUACAGUUAUGGUACUUUAGCCACUUCAAAAAAAAUCCUAUGUCAAUUUUUAUUUUAGUAUGUUUGAUUUUAACGUCAUGGGGUGAGGUGAUCGGUGUAUUGCAUUUGAGGGGACUUUAUUCAUAAGACUUUCACAUCAUCAAGAUUUAGCUGUUUUUGAUAUCUGAAUCUGUUACUUAAUUGUUUCCAUGUUAUUGUGUCUGUACAUAUGUCUGUGAGGCAUAGUGGUUGUGAUGAAUAGCUUGAGGUGUUUGUAAAAGGCAAUAAGGUUUUAUUUUUCUUCUUUUCAUUAACGUAAUGAUUUUAGAUUACAUUACUUUUUGGUAAUUUUUUUUUUCUUAUGAUAAUAGUUAAUAUUAUUGAUUAACAUCUCAAGAAAGAGUUUAAUUAUAUGUGGCCAAUUCU